AUGGAAGCGGGAGACGAAGCACUAGAAAUGGUGGACUUAAAGGAUUUGCAGCAGCAAAGCAAAGCCCUUGAUAAGCUCACGGACUAUGUCGAAGAUCGUCAGCUUGAUUCCUCCCGUGUUCAAACGUCUAUGGCUUCAAUUUAUGCAUUCAAAGAAGCUGAUCUUCAAGAUAUGUGGAUGAGGGAAAAUGAACUAGUUGUUGUUAAGAUCAAUGUUGUUGAUAUUGAUAUAAUUGCAAAUGAACUAGAGGUGAACGAGAAGGUUGCAGAAAGGACUUUGAGAGAGCAUAAAGGUGAUGUUGUAGCUGCAAUAAGGCAUUUGCUGAAUUAA